AUGGGUAAAGAACCGACCCUCAUAGAGCUCGCUGCCAAGCAUGGGACAGACAAACACGGGAACAACAAGCCCGAUCCCGACGGCACCAUCCGACCGCCUCACAAGUACGCCGGCCACUAUGACUUCCAUUUCAGCCGCUACCGCCACCUAGACAACAUCAAUGUCCUAGAGAUCGGCGUCGGGGGUUAUGAGGACCCCAAAAAGGGGGGCGACUCGCUGCGAAUGUGGAAGGAGUAUUUCCCAAAGGCGCAAAUUAUUGGCGUCGACUACUACGAUAAGACGGCGCUCCAGGAAGACCGCAUCCGGAUCUAUCAGGGCAGUCAAGACGAUCCGGCCUUUCUUGAGCGCAUUUCUGAGGAGAACGGUGGCUUCGAUGUCAUCAUCGACGACGGCAGCCACUGCAGUAACCACGUCAUUGCCUCGUUCAAGAUCCUCUUCCCUCUUUUGAAGAUGGGUGGCAUAUAUGCUAUCGAGGACCUACAAACCUCAUACUGGAAGCCUAUCUUUGGUGGAUCGAGCACAGAUUUGUCAACCCAAACCACAUCAAUGGGAUUUCUCAAGUCUCUGGUGGAUGGGUUGAACCAUAUGGAGCUUGACAUUCUUAAUUACAAGCCGACAUAUUUCGACAAGCACAUCACAUCCAUUCAAUUUUACCACAAUCUGGCAUUUAUUUACAAGGGUGAGAAUGACGAAGAGAGUAACUGGAUUGGACCUGAUCACACAAUCCCUAAGGGCUGGGAAGCGAUUUCCAAGCCGAAAUGGGCAGAUUGA